GGGAAUCACAAACUGAUACAAAAUAACCGGCGCAUCACCGUCUACUGUCCUUCCCGCUCUCACAGCGUUUACGUCGUCUGAUCACGCGCAGAGAACUGCACCGUCUUUUACAGGUGUUUUUGUUGUCGCUGGUUCCCAUUCUGGGUUUAGAAUGUCUCACACAGGUAAACAGGUGGUCAUCCCUCCAGAGCUCCCUGGCAUUCUGAAGCAGUUCACCAAGGACGCCAUCCGGACACAACCUGAAGACCUGCUGGAAUGGGCCACACUGUACUUCAGUGCUCUGGUCCAGGGGAAGACGUUACCUGUGAACAGGACACCAGACAAAGUGAUAACCCCCAACACCAUGGACCUCACACCUGAGGUACUCACCACAAUGCACGAAAAGCUACAUAAGAAUGGCACAGUCAGUAAGGAGGAGGUGAGCAAGCUGUGGCGGUCGUUAGGAUUGGCUGACGACCUUCUCAGACACAUCAUGACAGUGGGCUGCUUCGGAGACCAACUCGACUGGAUAAAAUUCUUCGCCCUGGGCUGCAGCUAUCUGGGAGGGACGAUCAAGAACGCCAUGACCCACGCGCUGUACAUCCUGAACUCAGACAGGUCAUGUAAGCCCCCAGACGCCUGCGUCACCUUCGAGACCUUCCGCUUCCUUUACUCCUACCUGGCUGCGGUGGACAAAGAGGUGUCCCAGGCCCAGAUAGACCGAACCAUUACCUACUUGGAGGCUCAGGCGCGCGUGAUGGAAUGGUGAAGGUGUCGGACUUCGUCAACAGUCGUAAAGUGCGUUUGGGAUAGACUCACCCUCUCUCCCCCUUAGAACUUUGUUCUAAUAAAGAUGGUUCCAAAGAAAAACUCUGUUAUUGCUAUAUCCUCCAUCAAUAUCAGAGGACAGUGUUUGUGUAUUACAUUAAGUGAAAAGUCAAUCAUGAAAAGUCAUCACUGAUUGAGGCUGCCACAAGAGGCCAGAAACACAUAGUAAAAGUCAAACAUAGAGAUAGAUAGAGGACUCUAGUUCCCAAAAGCCUGUUUUAGCAUAGGCAACACUAUAAUAGGACACGCACAAUGUUGCGUUCUCUAACUAUCUCUAGUCAAAGCCAAACCCGGAGAGAUUGGUCAGUGUCGUAUUUGUCAGCUUAAUACAUUGUAUAAGAUUUGUAUUAUUGCAGAGAUGGGAGGAUUCAAGGAAACGAACAGAGGUGCACGUCAUUUAAAAAAAAUGAAAACAUGUAGACAGAGUUAAGAUGACUGGUUUAGUGUUGAUAAAAGAGGCAACAGGUGUUCUCAAACGUUUUCAUGUCUGACCAGGUAGGUGCACGUCAUUUAAUCUGGUCUGGACAGUUGUGCUACAGAUAUAUGUUCGCCUCUGCACUAUCUAUAGUUGGCCUAAUAUAUGGGAUAUAUACAGAAUACUCCUUUCUCUUUAUUUUAGUGGAUAAUCACCCGUUGAAGUGUCUUGGGGUAAGGAAUGUCCCUCUGUCGAGGACCUGAGUCCAUUUUGUUCAAGCUGGGCUGAAGCGUGUUUUGGUACACU